AUGUCUUCACAAGGAAGUACACCUCCUCCACCAAAUGGUGCUUAUACAACAGCUUCAUCUGCUGCUUCAAAUAAAUUAUUAUUUGGAACUGAUAAUGCUGGAGAAUUAUUGGAAAAAUAUGGUAUACCUGGUAAAGUUUUAGGUGAAGGUGCUGGUGGUUCAGUUAGUGUUGUUGAACGUAGUGAUGGAAAAUUAUAUGCUGUUAAAAAAUUUAGACCAAAAAAUGAUCGAGAAUCUGAAGCUGAUUAUUCUAAAAAAGUUACCUCGGAAUUUUGUAUUGGUUCAACUUUAAAACAUCAAAAUGUUAUUGAAACUUUAGAUAUGUUGAAAGAAGGUUUAAAUUUUCUUGUUGUUAUGGAAUUUGCACCUUUUGAUUUUUUCACAAUUGUUAUGAGUGGAUUAAUGACAAAACAUGAAAUUUUUUGUUGUUUUAAACAAAUUACAAAUGGUACUUCAUAUUUACAUUCAAUGGGGUUAGCUCAUCGUGAUUUAAAACUAGAUAAUUGUGUUGUUUCAAAUCAAGGUAUUAUUAAAUUGAUUGAUUUUGGUUCUGCAGUGGUUUUCAAAUAUCCUUAUGAAAAUGAAAUUGUUAGAGCAAAGGGAGUUGUUGGUUCAGAUCCUUAUUUAGCUCCAGAAGUUUUAACUGAAAGGUAUUAUGAUCCAAGACCUGUUGAUGUUUGGUCAAUUGCUAUAAUGUUUUGUUGUAUGACUUUAAGAAGAUUCCCAUGGAAGGCUCCAAAGCAAACUGAUAAUUCAUUUAAAUUAUUUUCCACAAAACCUGAAAUUAAUCCAGAAAAUCCAAAUCAUAAAUCAAGAUCAAAAGGUCCUUAUAGAUUAUUAAGAUUAUUACCUCAUGCAUCAAGAGAUUUAAUUGCAGCAAUGUUGCAGUUAAAACCUGAAGAUCGUUUAUUAAUUGAUCAAGUUGUUAAUAAUGAAUGGUUUAAAUCUAUAGAGUGUUGCCAAGUUGGACAAGAUGGUGAAUUGGUUACAAAACCUGAAAACCAUAAACAUCAUUUAGUUACUGAAGAUGAAUUAAAUGAAAUACAGAAGAAAAAAGAACAACAAAAGAAACGAGAAGAGGAAAGAAUCAAUAAUGAAAGACAAAACCAAUCAACUACUGUUAAAGUUGAAGGAUGA